AUGGAUACCAUGAUGCGAUUAGUGGCCGAAAAUCCUGCAGUUAUAUUCAGCAAAAGCACUUGCUGUAUAUCCCAUGCAAUUAAGAUGCUGAUACGUAGUUUUGGUGCAAACCCUACUAUUUAUGAGCUCGAUGAACUCUCCAAUGGGGACCAAAUGGAGAAGGCAUUAUUGGCAUUAGGGUGUGACCCAAGUGUACCAGCUGUGUUCAUUGGAAAGAAAUUUAUUGGUGGUUCUAAUGAGAUCAUGAGCCUCAAUGUUAAGGGCAAGCUCAGGCCACUUCUCAUAAAGGCAAAUGCUAUAUGGAUAUAG